AUGUAUUUACCGACAUUGGUUCCAUAUGUUAUAAAAUGCAUGAAACUUUUACCUCUAUGGUCAGGUAUCAUGGUUCCAAUAUAUGGAUAUGGUGAUGAAACUGCAAGUUCUGCCGCAGUCGAGUCGAGUUUCAAAAAACUUAAAACUGUGACAUUCAAACAAGACAAUUUACCGAUUACAAUUGAAGACUUUUUACCACGUCAUAUUUAUUCACUACGAGGAGCAUCCCUAAUUCUCUCAACAAAAACUUCAAGUACAAUAAAUUGA